UUUAUCGUGAAAUGGAGGUUUUAUCUAACGAAAAAUAUCUCAUCGCGCGCGCAAAACAAUCCACUGACCCGUACAAAGCAAAGGCGUGGAUUAUUGCAGCAAAAACGCUUUUUCCCAAUGAUUUUGGCGUUCAGUUUGAGGCGUACGAAAUCGAAAAGAAUGCAAACAAUUUUGAGGAAGCGGCCAAAUGCCUGAGCUAUAUUGUUAUGACUUUCCACGGAGCUCAUCAAACGCCAACAAGCCUGUUGAACGAGAUAUCGCUUAUGACAAAUGCGUUGCGCAUUCCGGAAGGAUGCACCACGACAGAGCAGGAGUUCUACGUGAAGAUGUUCCAAUACAUUUCGUACGAAGUGCAGCAUCAGAUCCUGCUUCUGACGGCGGUGCAUUCUAACAAUAAUCUCGACCACUGUCGAUUGAUUCUGCUUCUGCUGAAGCGCUUCCCUCAAGCCAUUUCGACUCAUGCGCCUCGUUUGCUGGAAACGCUGGUACAAAAUGUAGCCAUGCCUAAUUUCAAGGAGAUGCUGUUCAACGAAGCGAUUCCGCUGGUGUACAAUCGCGCACCUGAGCUCCCACCAAAGCUCGUUCACCGUUUGAUGGCGGUUUGCUUUGAGUACUAUCUAAGCCAGAUGUUCUGCGACACGGAGGACAGAGCGCGAACCUCGGCGGAUUGCUGGAAAAAGAUUUUCGAAAUACUGGACUUUUGCGGCAAGAUUCUGAAGUGGGAACCGUUCAUGUUGUACAAGAAGAGCUGGAGCAAAGACGUGUACUGGCAAAAGAUUAUUCACAUCUACAAAUACGACCCGUUUCGGUCGACGGAAAGCAAGCAGAUACUGUUCUGCGCAACGAUCGUGUUCGUGUUGGCCUUGCAGGAUUACAUCGGCUACUCUAGGCUGCGCUCGAAAGAGGGUAACACCGAAACCGAGGUAAUACUAGUGGAGGCACUCAAAGAUGUGGCGCCAGACUUGAAGCGACGAGCGCACGAGGGCGUAAUCGAGAUUCCACAUAUUCUGGUAAACGCCGCGGUGAGCCCGGACGCCCCGAACUGCUUGAUAACGUGCCAAAGUUGCUGGCAAUUACUGCAUUCGAACGAGCUUCUCAAGACGGACUUUGCUCAGCUCGUCCUGCUAGUGCCGCAGCUAUCGAGCUGGGUGCAGAAAUUCCUCAUUGAUUUGUACGUGUGCGCGGGCCAGCACGAAGAAACGGCCACUCUUCUGCAGGCAUCGACCGUCGCUACAAUGUCGCCGCUGGAGAAAACCGUGCGCCAGUUUGCGCUCGCACUCGUGCAAGGACCUAUCACUGUGCAUUUGUUCGAGCAAAUGGGGACGAUUUUAAAGCACAUUUCUCAUGCUCCGACCGGUGGCUCGUAUCUGGAGAGUGUUGCCCUUGGGCAGACCACUCGAGUUCUCAUGCUGAUACCGCUCACGAGACGCGCCAUUUUGCACUAUCUCGUACAGAUGCUGAUUGCACUGCUCAAACCCAAGCUGGUGGAUGCCGAGUGCAGUAACUCGAUGCUGGGUAAUCUGCUCGUUCUGUCACAGCUCAACUGGCCCCACGAAUCGAGAACGGUCGAGAUUAUCUUCGAAAUCAUCAAGACUCGGCGACAGUUCACGUAUCUGCACUUCACGAGCUACAUCAUCAAUGGGGAGAUUAUCGAGGAGUUCAUGCAUCUGUGGACGCAUUCGCCCGACGUCAAGUUGGAGCUGGCUAUGCCGCAGCAGAGCCUUGCCACUGGUGCACGGCGCAUUGGAACACGCGGCGCAGACAAGGGUGUUAAGGAAGACUUCAAGCAGAUCAUUCGGCAGCAGGUAGCACGGAGCAAUGAUGAUAUCGACGAGCUGGUACUGCAGUUUCUUCAGCAACAACACAUCCCGUUGGUGCAGAACAUAUUCGAUAAGUAA